AUGGAGAACAGUUCCGACCUCUCGAGCCGCCUCUCGGCCCUCUCGGUGGACGAGGCGCAUUCUGCCGGCAUUCGCCAGCCCGGCGGCAUCCCUCCUACUCCGCCGUACGCCAAUGUGCACACGCCCCAGCGCCCUGCCUUUACCGGCUAUGACGGUGGAGGCCAAUUCUUGUACUACGCCAGUGCGAGCGUCGAUCCUGCCACGUAUGGUGCUGCCGCUAGCGCCCACCAGGCCUACUCCUACACCGACCUGACGGCGACCCCCAUCCAGUCCCUUGGCUCCCCCGGUGGAGUCGCCUACGACCCCUAUCCUACCCCCCCAGACAACUACACCACCCACAGCCCCGACACGCGCGCAAGUGCCAACCAGGGUCAGCCGGGAAUGACCGCCUUCCAGCAGCAGAUUGUGGCGGCUGCGGCCUCGGCUCGCAACCAGACGAUUUACCGCCCGCCUCAACUUCAGCCUCAGAUCCACCAGCAGGUUGUGGCGCAGAACCAGGUGCAGCAUGGCUACUUUGCUUACGACCGCGCUCCGUACUGGACCCACCAGAGCCCCGCACGUGAAAACAACAGGCACAGGAAUAACCUCGGGUCCCCGCUUUCCUCCGGCUCGCCCAGGCGCAACAGCCAGCACCAGCAGACCCAGUACGCCCUCGGUGACUUUGCGGCACACACGACGUUUGCCAUGCAGAACCCCCUGUCCUCUGGUUACGCGACGGCGGCAAACGUUCAGUACACCCUCGGUGGCACCUACCCUUACUCCCCUUCUUCACACUACCCCUUCACCCCUCGCCAGUCUCGCCGCCACAGUGAGGACACUGGCGCAGCACGCAGCCAGCGUCUGGAAGAGUUCAGACAGCGCAAGGGAAACCGUGCCGAGCUGGCGGAAAUCUACGGAAGCAUCUGCGAGUUUGCGGGUGACCAGCAUGGCUCGCGUUUUAUCCAGAACAAGCUUGAGAGUGCCACUGCCGACGAGCGUGCCAAGGUCUUUGAAGAGAUCAUGCCCAAUGCUUAUCAGCUCAUGACGGACGUUUUCGGAAACUAUGUGAUUCAAAAGCUCUUCGAGCACGGAGACCAGAACCAAAAGGCAGCUCUUGCCAAGAAGAUGGAGGGCCAUGUCCUCCAGUUGUCAAUGCAGAUGUACGGCUGCCGGGUCAUGCAGAAGGCACUCGAGCACGUCCUCGUCGACCAGCGCGAGAAGCUCAUCGCCGAGCUCAAUGGCCACAUCAUUGAGUGCGUCAAGUCCGCCAACGCCAACCACGUCAUCCAGCGCCUCAUCUCUCUCGACCCCCCAAGCUCUCUCACGGACGCCUUCGUCGGCCACGUCCAUGAGCUGUCAACCCACUCGUUUGGCUGCCGCGUGCUCCAGAAGGCGUUCGAGGUGCUCCCACCCGAGAAGAUCCGCCCUCUCCUCAACGAGAUGCACAGCUGCUCACCCAAGCUCAUGGUCGACCAGUUUGGAAACUAUGUUGUUCAAAGUGUCAUCACCAACACCCCCGGCCGCGAGUACGACCGUGACAAGGUUGUCAACGAGAUCAAGACGCGUGUGUUUGAGCUCAGUCGCCACAAGUUCGCCUCAAACGUCGUGGAGAAGGCUCUCAAGUUCUCUAGAGCCGAGGACCGCCGCGUCCUGAUUGCUGAGAUGAUUGGUGACAAGGCCGAGGGUGCCGAGAACCGCAUCGCCACUCUGCUCCGCGACUCGUACGGCAACUUCCCGGUCCAGACUGCUCUCGCCGAGGCCGACCCAGAUCAGCGAGACAAGCUCCUCGCCAUCAUUGUCCCCCUCAUGCCCAACCUCCGCCACACGCCAUGCGGCCGUCGCCUGGAGGCCAAGAUCACUGACUAUGAGCAGAAGGGCAUCAUCCCUUCUCUCUCCAACUCGAUCACCACGAGCUCGGCCAAUUCGCCGGAUCUCUCCACGGUCAACAGCGACAGCGAGGGCAGCGGCAAGAGAGACACGGCAGUGCCAAGUUACUCGACCAAGAGCUUCAAGCCGUCGACGGGCCGCCGUGUCGUGAGCUCGACCGACUCGCUCGACGAGGCGCAGGUUGUGACUCUGCUGGCCUAA